AUGGGCGGAGUUAAAAAGGGUUUGUUGUCCCUUGUAGAAGAACUGAAAAGUGUAGAAGAUAUAAAUUCAGAUGAUAUAAGAAUUGUGUUGCUUGGCUUAGACAAUGCCGGCAAAACAACGAUUCUGACCCAACUUGCACUGGAAGAAAUAAACAACAUCACACCAACACAGGGAUUUAAUAUCAAAAGUGUCCAAGCUCAAGGUUUGAAAUUAUCAGUGUGGGAUAUUGGGGGUCAGAGGACAAUACGAUCGCAAUGGAAAAGAUAUCUUGGAAACACUGAUCUACUGAUUUAUGUAGUGGACAGUGCAGAUCGGAAGCGAUUUGAGGAAACUGGGCAGGAAUUAGCAGAGCUGGUAGAAGAUGACAAUCUCUUGGGAGUUCCCCUGUUAGUGUUUGCAAACAAGCAGGAUUUGCUGACUGCGGCCCCUGCAGCAGAUAUUGCCACUGGGUUAAAUCUGCACACAUACCGAGAUCGCAUGUGGCAGAUUCAGGCAUGCUCUGCACUUUCAGGGGAAGGAAUCCAGGAUGGAAUGAAAUGGAUGUGCAAAAACAUUGCUUCUAGAAAAAGAGUAAAAUAA